AUGUCCAAAAAUGGCCUCUCACUGCGGAAGCGUGGAAAAGCUGCGCAGGUUUCUCCGCCAGAUUCACGCCUCUUCACGCUGCCUGCGGAAAUUCGAAUUGCUAUCUACACCCUUCUCCUGGUAUCCCGCGACGCCUUAUGUCCUAAUGUGAUGGCAAUUUUUAACGAUGUCCAGUCGAGGGAACAAUCGGAAAUAUCUUUUCUCUCUCUUCCACAUGAACGGACUCUUGCUAUCGCGAGGACUUGCACUCGAGUCCGUGAUGAAGUUCUCCCUAUUUAUUUCGGCUCGAACAACUUCGUGUUUAAAUCGACAUGGGACAUGUAUGCCUAUCUUCACAUGAUUGGUGAUUGCCGCAAGUUCAUUCAAAAUAUAUCCUUUGCGUAUCAAGGCUCGCAGCGAAAUGAGGCCUUCGAGCUACUAUCUAAGUGUACGAGCUUGAGUUGGUUAGAUGUCAUGGUAAUGGAUGAGACUAUGAAGGGUGCGAGGAACCCGCAGAACAAUUUGUUUGCCGCAAAUGGAAUGCGAACAUUGAGGGCCAUCAGGGGAUUAGUGAAGUGUAAGGUCACAGUGAGGGAAGUUGAGGCUAUAUGGAGUGCGGAUUGGAGGAAUCCGAAGUUGUUGUUCAAUUUAAAUACGAGCGAUAAAAGGCGUUUUGAUAACGAGAAUAUCAGGGAGGUUGAAAGAGUGCUGACUCUGGAAAUAUCGGAGAGAGAAGAUGAUGCACUAGUUCGGUUGAAGGAAGCUCGCGACGAGAGAAAAGCUAAGAAGGAAAGGGAGUUUGAGACUUGGCGCGUUAAAAACGAUUCUGAUUGGAAAGAAUUUACCAGGAAAAGAGCCAUGCGAUUAAAAGACGCAAAGCAAGAGGGGCUUCCUGGGCCUGGCGACUUCAUGGCGUAUGAGCCUCCACUUCCAUCCGACAUCCUUGUUGAUACACCGCCUCAAAUUGGGCUUCGACUAAGCCCAGACGUUCGAAUUUUUUCUAAACGCAAACGUCAACUCAGCCAUCCUGUUCGAACAACACUUCCUGCAGCCUCACAAGAGGAUGCUGAACUUCCGGUGAAGGACGAGCCUCCCCCUGACGACCGCUGGGACGACCGACGGGCCAGCCUUAUAUGCAGCUACCCUUACAGGCCCUCCGCUGUGCGUGCGAUAAUCACCUCCGCUACUCCGAUGUUUUCGUACGAUGCGGCGCAGCGGGUCGUGAUCUGCCGGGCGUGCGGGUCGUGCGUCGUCCCCGGACGCAGCAACCAGGAGCGACUACUGCGAGCAGCCCCACCGACUUCAAAUGGCCACCCUAAUCGCAACAGUGCAGCUGCUGGGCAGCUACGACCUGCGGAGCGCCGAGGAGCUUAG